CGGCAGGUGCCCCCCGAGGUCUCGGUGUCCCGCAGAGCCGCCCCCCACGGCCCCGUCACCCUCUCCUGCCGCGCCAGCGGCUUCCACCCGCGUCCCAUCCACCUCUCCUGGGUGCGGGACGGAGGCGACGUCCUGGCAGAGACGAGCUCCAGCGGGAUCCUGCCCCUCGCCGACGGCACCUACCACACCCAGUCGUCCCUGGAGAUCGGCCCGCGGCCGGACGGGCCCCGCUACGCCUGCCGGGUGGAGCACAGCAGCCUGCCCGCGCCCGCCCUCGUCUGGG